GAAUCGUGGUCUGAGAAUGUGUGCGCUCGACCAAUCGCUGUUUGUGCUUUUGUGAGAAUCGUUCUAAAUCCGUUGUAGGAGCUUUCUGAAUUCCUAUGGUGGGACGAACUAAACGCCAACACAUCUCCUAAAGACCAAGAUGGCUUCAUCCACAGAUUGAGAGAGGAACACGGCUCGAGUUAUUUCUUUUUUUUUUUUUCCUUUUUUUUUUCUUAAGGUCGUCAUAGCGUCUUCCAAGGAAUGCUAUAGGAUGAGAAAGGCAGAAAGGCGUCUUACCGUAAGAUAACAGCUGCCCGACUUAAUAAUAUGGGUCCAUUUGCUAAGAACUAAGACGGUGUGUGUUUUCGGCGAAUUUUUUUUUUUUUUUCUUAUAUCUGACCGCCAUGUUGCGGCAAGCAUGGACAGCUAUUCUGAUGGCUGUCGUGGGCGGCUUAGGGUAUCCUGCCAACGGCCACCCUCAGGACAUAAACAGGGACGACCCUACCCGUUAUUACAACGACGUCACCAACGUGACGACCACUGCGCGUCCGCAGAGCACCAACAGGUCGUCGACGACCACUCAUCUCUCGUGUGAGGAGGCCAGGAUCAAAUGCGCGUUGCGAGGUGGUUGCGGAAUGGCGCUGCAGAAUUACAUGCUUGGUUGUGCCGACCUCAUGAGUGGAAACAUCGAUUACUGCGACGAGUAUUGCAAGAAUUCGCUCAUCGCUCUCACCUCCACAGAAGAGGGCCACUUGCUCAUGGAUUGCGUGUGCAGCGACAGCUACUGCCGAGAGACGAAGUCCCGCGUGGAGGUCUGUCGAGAAGAGGUCGUCGUAGCCAACUCGGAUUCCUCCGUCGUCUCUUGCAGCCUCGCCCACUGGAUCUGUUCUGCAGACACCCAAUGCUCUACAGCCAUCAGCUAUUACGACCGCUUCUGCAGGAAGAUGUUCAUAGGGAAAGAGUGUGGUUACAAAUGCAACAACAGCAUCUCCAUCCUGCAGCGACAGGAGAAGGCAGCGAAGCUAGAGACGUGUAUUUGUGACGGAACGGAGGACUUCGACUGCGUGGGCAUCAAGAAGAACAUGGCUCGCCUCUGCUUCCAUCAGUAUGACGAAAAUGAGCUGGAGAAGGAAGAAGAGGAAACGAACGAAAUAGAUACCUCGGCGGUCUCGUUGGCCACCCAGAGAAAUUCGGCGCCCGGGGUAGGCCUGGGCUCCCAUAGCUGUCUGGUUGUGAUGGUGGUUUUCCGCGCUGUUGUAUCGGCGGCCGUCAGGUGGAGAUGAUGCUGAGCGAUUGUCCCAGUUAAUUCUAACAGGAAUUGGCUUCAGACUCCCCAUCUCUGAGAUUCUCGUUCUAAUGAAACUCAGGACUCGGUGGAAAUAAGAAGUGAAAUUGCCCAAACAAUAAAUUAUUAGUCAGUGUUUGCUCAUAUUGGUUAUCAACAGUGUUUCACGACUUCAGGAAUGAAGACUGGAGUCUCGAUAACGUUUUGCGACAAUGGGAAAUCAGAUUUCAGUCCAGCAACGUUUUAUGACGUCAGGAAUAAAGGUUUGAGCCUCAGCAACGUUUGACAAUUUCAGGAAUGGAGAUUUGAGGCCCAAGAACGUUUUUUGACGAAGGAGCAAAGAUUUCAGUCUUUGUAACGUGUUACAACUUCGGAUACGGAGAUUUAAGCCUGAACAACGUAUUGUGACUUAAGGAGUAAAGCCUUGAGUGUCUAAGCAACGUUUGGGGGCUUCAGGAAUAGAGAUUUGAGUCUAAGUAUUCAGCAUCGUCCCGUGACUUAUGAAGUGAAGAUUUGGGUCGCAGUAUUCAGUAACGUCCCAUGACUUAUGAAGUGAAGAUUUGAGUCUCAGUAUUCAGCAUCGUCCCGUGACUUAUGAAGUGAAGAUUUGGGUCUCAGUAUUCAGUAACGUCCCGUGACUUAUGAAGUGAAGAUUUGAGUCGCAGUAUUCAGUAACGUCCCGUGACUUAUGAAGUGAAGAUUUGAGUCUCAGUAUUCAGCAUCGUCCCGUGACUUAUGAAGUGAAGAUUUGGGUCUCAGUAUUCAGCAUCGUCCCGUGACUUAUGAAGUGAAGAUUUGGGUCUCAGUAUUCAGCAUCGUCCCGUGACUUAUGAAGUGAAGAUUUGAGUCGGAAAAACGUUUUGCGGUUUUGUUGUUGUGAAGUAAUGUCUGGAAAUGGUGAGUGUAUAUAAAGUUUGACUGGUUGUGUAAAAUGGUUGGUGGUCAUUUGUGAAUGCUAUCAGCAAGGGACCAAGUGGCUAAAGUGAUGUCUGCUCUUGCUGGUCGAAUUUCAUUAAAGCAAGUGUUACGGAAACCGAAAGCAUUUAAAGAUAUUCAUGUUCUGUGGAUGGAUUAAAUGGAGUAGAGCAAAUUAUCACUAUUAGUAAAUUAUUUAAAUUAUUCGCCCUUUUUACCACAAACAACACUUACCGAACAUUGCACGAUCUCUGUAAAGGUAAGAAUUUAACAAGUAAGUCUCUAUGAAUUGGUGAGAAUUUAAAAGACCGGCCUCUUAUGAAGCAGAAAUCUGAGUGGAAUGUUCCGUGUGACGACUGACGAAGUUUUAUUUAUUUGGAUAAUAAUAGCGUCAAAGCAUAAUUUGGGUUAGUAUAUUUUAAAAAUUAAAUAAAAACACACGCGUUAUUUACCUUAUGG